AUGCCAGGGGCUAAUUGCUCAGUAUUUGGCUGUGGUUCGUGCAGAAGAACGAAGGGAAUUGGUAUUUGGAAGUUGCCUGUGGCAAAAGACGAAGCUCAUGGAACAUGGCGAGACGAAUGGCUUGGUGAGAUAAAAAAGACAAGAGAAAUGGAUCAGAACUUCAGGGAACAGUUGAAGAGCGAUAGAAUAUAUACCUGUGAGAAACAUUUUGCGCCCGAAGAUAUCGAAAUAUGUAAGUACAUAUCUGUAUUUUCUUGUUAAAUUGUCGGAUUUGCUUUGAGUUAGUUUUCACCGAUCAGUGUUGCUGCUGUUUGAAGUUCGUUCUGAAAGUGGAUAUGGUUUUAGGUUUGACUAUUUCCAAGUUUGACAAUUUUAUUUUUUCUUUGAUAGAUCAAUCUGCGAAAAUGACCAAAAAGAAGCCCAAAUUUGGAGCUUUGCGGAAGCUGAACAUGCCUAAGAAAAGCCAUGAAAGCAGCAAGCCUUCACCACGUCCUGAACGUUCGGUUGUAAAAUGUAACGAGGGGCCUUUACCACACAGCUGCUAAAGGGAUUUUCAGAGCUCUGCCAACGAGUUAAAAGCCUAAAAAGCCUUGGUGAUUGGAGCCUGUAGAUCUUUGAGGACAAAAUUGUGCUGAAGAAAACCGUGCAUCCGUACGUUCUGCCACGUUUGGAAAUUAUUAUGGAUGACAGUCUUGGCUUUACUGUGAAAGUCUUUGGUUCCUAUUUACCUGAAGAUCAUCCUUUGUACCUGGACUAUCGUAGAACAGUUCGAAAUAUUACUGUAUCUAACUUAAUAAGGCAACUGGAGGGAUACAGGUUGUGUGAUGGAGUCUCUAUAAUGAAACUUAAUGGAAAAUUGUAUCAUCAUGUUAUACCAUUGAGUCAUGACACAUUUGGAGAAGAAGAGGAGCAGCAGUUCCCACAUAAGGGAUUUUGGAGAGCAAAAGGCUGUUUUCUCUUGUGUCAGCAACGUGUUGUCUGCUGUGAAUGUGACGAAUUCAUGUGCUGUUCAGAAAAUACAAGAAAAUCGAAAGAAAGUCGGUCAGCAAAGCCUGCACAUGUGAAAGCGCCAGUU